AUGGACGUUAUUCAAAUCGAGCUGGCAAAGCUACGAAGGGAUGGCAGCUUGAACCAGAGCAUUGCAGAUGUUGAUAAGAUUAUUGAGCAGCUCGAGAGAGCGAGGGAAACAAUAUUAGAAAAUCCAGAUCAAGCUUCCAAAACGUUAGUCAGCCUGCAAAACCCCCUCAAAAAUGGCUUCGAUAGAGUCCUCGAUGAUCUCAAGAAGGUGGACAAGGGACAGAAGAGUUAUGAAAAGACAUUGAAUAGGAACUUUCCAGUGAAAGCUCUACCAACCGACUAUGAUGCUUUAGCAUCUUAUCCUACCCUGAUAAAUCGAGCGAUAGCCAUGCAUUUGGUCCGGGAAGGUCAAUUCUCAGUAGCAUCGACCUUCAUGGAAGAAACACGAGCAAACCCGCCCCAUCCGCAAUCUGCGCCUGGCACGCCGAACCUGAACCAAAUUGAAGAAGAUUUGGGAAGCAUCAAGUCAAGAGAACUGGAGGAUAAGUUUGCCGGGAUGUACAACAUUCUACACGAAUUGAAGGCCCGAAAUCUUGGUCCGGCAAUCGAUUGGGCACGAGCAAAUAGUCCUCAGCUAGAAGAGCGAGGCAGUACCUUGGAGUUUGAACUCUGCAAGUUGCAAUAUGUGUGGCUCUUUCUGGGGCCAGAGAUAAAUGGCAUGCCGAAUGAUGUGAAUAACGGAUUACUCGGAGCAUUGAAAUAUGCCAGAGAGCAUUUCCAACGGUUUCAAGGACGCUUCACAAGAGAUAUACAGCAAUUAUCAACAGCCAUGGCAUACGUCUCCAAUCUACGAGCAUCCCCAUACUGGCGAACCUUCGAUAUAGAGACCGCUUGGGACGAUGUGGCAUCAUCCUUCACCCGCGAAUUCUGCUCCUCACUCGGUCUCUCCGCCGAAUCACCACUUUAUGUCGCCGCAACAGCCGGUGCCAUAGCACUGCCAUCACACGUCAAAUACGCCAACAUCGUGAAAAAGAAACACACAGAAUGGACGACCCAGAACGAAUUUCCCGUCGAAAUCCCUCUUCCAAGAAGCAUGAUCUACCAUGCCAUCUUCGUCUGUCCCGUCAGCAAAGAACAAUCCACAGAGGAUAAUCCACCCAUGAUGAUGCCAUGUGGUCACGUCGUAGCGAAAGAAUCGCUCGCCAAAUUAAGUAAAGGAGGUCGUUUCAAAUGUCCUUAUUGUCCCAAUGAAUCUCAGCCGAAGGAUGCUCGGGAAAUUAUUUUGUAG